AUGGCCCCCUUCACUAGUACGCUACUUGGUGUUGCCGGCCUAGGUGUCUUGGCACUGGGUCAGGUAACGGUCGAUGCCACCUCCAAGUUGCAAAGAAUCGACGGCUUUGGCUUCUCUCAGGCUUUCGGCCGUGCCAAAGAGUUCCAGAACGCGCCUGCGGCUCUUCAGAAGCAGGCGCUUGAUCUGCUCUUCAGCCCCACCACCGGUGCCGGGUUCAGCAUCAUCCGCAACCGCAUCGGUUCCGGCGGCCAAGGCGACAGUAUUCUUCCCACCAGUCCUGGGUCGCCUUCAGGCACGCCGGCUUAUACCUGGGACGACGAGGACAGUGGCCAGGUUUGGUUCACGAAGCAGGCCGUCAGCUAUGGCGUCAAUCAAAUCUACGCCGAUGCUUGGAGUGCUCCUGGAUUCAUGAAGACCAGUGGCAACGACGCGACGGCGGGCUAUCUGUGCGGCACAACCGGUCACACUUGCCCCUCUGGCGAUUGGCGACAGGCCUACGCCGAUUUCCUUGUGCAGUAUGUCAAGUACUACCAACAAGCCGGUCUAAACGUAACCCAACUCGGCUUUCUCAACGAGCCCGACUACUCGCCCGGGUAUUCCCAAAUGCAAAUCAGCCCCAAUGCCCAGGAAGCCAUCUCUUUCAUCCCCAUUCUCUCCAAGGCUGUCCAAUCUGCCGGUCUCAAGACCGCCAUAACCUGCUGUGACGCAGUCGGCUGGGGCUCCACCGUCAAGUACACCAACGCCCUCGUCGCCGCCGGCAUGGAGUCCUACCUGGGCCUCAUCACCUCGCACACCUACUCGGGCGACGCCAACACCCCCCUCAACACCACGCUGACCUCGUGGGUCUCCGAAUCCGGCAUCACGACGCCCUUUGACCUGACGUGGUACGAGAACGGCGGCGCUAGCGAGGGCAUGACCUGGGCCAACAAGAUCGCCGUCGGCAUCAUCAACGCGAAGCUGUCCGCCUACCUCUACUGGGAGGGCUUCGAACAGAAUCAGCUGCAGUCCGACUCCCACCUCGUCGACACCCAGAACGGCACGACCGCGACGCCUUCGGCCAACUUUUGGGCGUUUGCCAUGUGGUCGCGGUACAUCCGCCCCGGCGCGCAGAGAUUGCAGACCUCGGGCAUGGUGGCGGCCGAUGUCUUGACGGCGGCAGUCCAGAACAAGGAUGGGUCUGUUGUGGUUGUGUUCACGAACAAUGGCAGCGCUGCUCAGAAUGCCAGCGUGUCGUUGACAGGUUUCACACCCGAGGCUGCGAGCGCAUGGGUCACUGACAAUACUCACAAGUUCGUUUCCACGGAGGUUAGCAUCUCGUGCUCGGGUGUCUCCGUCUCAAUCCCAUCCAAGGGUGUCGUCACCGUCAAGUUGACUUGA